AUGCGUGACAAAGAGUUACCUGGCUGCAUCGUUCGCAACACAACGAUCCCCGAGGAACUUGCGCGCGUCAGCUAUUUAAUGUCAGAUAAAACAGGAACAUUGACACAAAAUGAAAUGAUUUUCCGCAAGCUGCACCUCGGCAGCGUUUCUUUUGCCUCUGACUCCAUGGACGAAGUAUCUGGCUCUUUACAGAAUCAUUUUGAGAGCGGCUAUGGAAAAACCAAGGAAUUAGAAGGCAAGCAAGUCCGCAAGACUGGUGAUGAAAAGGUUGCAGAUGCCGUACUUGCUGUUGCCCUCUGUCAUAACGUGACGCCUAUGCGUGAGGCUGAAGGCGAUGAGGAUAGCAUAGAAAGCGAAAAGACAACUGAGAAGCCAGAAUUGAAGGCUGCAGGAGAUAUUACGGAAAUGGAUCUUGAUGAGGACAAUAGAAAAUUGGUAUUAAAGGCUUUAAAAUAUCUCAUUUUACAUCUGGUUUACUAUUAG